UAGUAGGGAGGAAGUUGGUAGUGUCAGACCGGCUGCGCAAGAGCAGCCCGCAAGACUGAUUUUCCAAUAAUGAACAGCCCGUGGUAACUGUCAGUUCGCUCGUGGUGCAUUCGUUGACUCUUGCUGCGCACAGUGUGUUCCGGCGUGUGUUAAAAUGUGCUGUACGAUUAAUUGAAUACUCCCCUGAACGCGGAUUACUCGAAGAACACCGGGAAUCCUGCUACAAGACAGGUGUGAGGGUUUAAUAAACACGCGAUGGAGAGAAGAAAGUGAUGCUGAAAAUCGAAACGGAAGCCUCCGUCUUUCGAAAUCGUGUUCACCAUCGGAGAUGGAGACUUUCCUCGGGGCACGUAUCGAAAUAGAAGGCGCUUAGAAUCUCUGGAUCUAAAGGGGAACAUCGAGCACGGGGUCCAAAAUGGGCAAGUGUUGCAGCAAACGGCAAGAGCCGCAACCCCUUGGUUACAAGAAAGCAGACACAGGACUAAGCUCAAAGCAUAGCAAUGGAGGUUCCUUGGACCGGUACACCGCUGACCCAAAUCAAAGGGGUGUGCAAGCAAGAGCGGAUAUUAUUCGACCGAGGCCAACACCUUGUAAGCUACAGAUUCCGCAUCAACCCCGUAAAACAAGCUCGCCUGUCGUUAAGCCUGCAUCGCAUUCACAGAGAUCGAACAAGAUCGUGGUAGCUCUCUACAAUUACACUGCCCGCGAGAGUACCGAUGUCAGUUUCGUGAAGGGCGAUCGAAUGGAAGUAUUGGACGACUCGGAGCCUGACUGGUGGAAAGUUUUACACUUGACGACUUUACAAGAGGGUCUUAUUCCUUGGAACUUUGUCGCCGUUGAACGUUCGGUGGAGAGCGAAGAUUGGUUCUUCGAAAACGUCUCGCGUAAAGAAGCGGGUAAGUUGCUCCUUGUGGACGAGAAUCCACGUGGAACGUUCCUGGUUAGACCCAGCGAGCAUAAUCCCAGAGGAUACAGUCUGUCCGUGAAGGACUGGGAGGAAGGCAGGGGUCAUCACGUAAAACACUAUAAAAUUAAACCGCUCGACAAUGGGGGCUUCUUUAUCGCCACCAACCAGACAUUCCCCACUCUGCCGGCCCUUGUUAUGGCUUACAGCAAGAACGCGUUGGGUCUCUGUCACGUGUUAUCGAAGCCGUGUCCAAAACCACAGCCAGACAUGUGGGAUCUCGGGCCUGAAUUGCGUGACAAAUGGGAGAUCAACAGGAACGAGAUACAGUUGAUACGGAAAUUAGGUCACGGUAAUUUCGGCGAGGUGUAUUACGGGAAAUGGAGGAACAAGAUCGAGGUGGCUGUGAAGACGUUGCGACCCGGGACCAUGUCGACCGAAGCAUUCCUUCAAGAGGCUGCGAUAAUGAAACAGUUCCGGCAUAGACACCUGGUCGCGUUGUACGCGAUCUGCUCGAAAGAAGAACCGAUCUAUAUCGUCCAGGAGUACAUGUGUAACGGAAGUCUGUUGGAUUUCCUUAGAACAGGGGACGGCAAGUACAUGCAGUUCGAGGACCUGAUCUACAUCGCGGCACAGGUCGCCUCUGGCAUGGAACACCUUGAGAGCAAACAGCUGAUACACAGAGAUUUGGCGGCGAGGAACGUGCUUAUCGGUGAAAAGAAUAAAGCGAAGAUAUGCGAUUUCGGCUUGGCGAGGGCGAUCGAGAACGACGAAUACUGUCCGAAACAGGGGAGUAGGUUCCCUGUUAGGUGGACGGCGCCAGAGGCAAUUGUAUAUGGGAGAUUCAGCAUCAAAAGCGAUGUUUGGUCUUAUGGUAUCUUGUUAAUGGAGCUCUUUACUUAUGGCCAAGUUCCUUAUCCUGGUAUGCAGAGUCGUGAAGUAAUCGAGCAGAUUAACAAAGGCUAUCGAAUGCCUAAGCCAUUGAAUCACCCGCUGCCGGACAGCAUUUAUCGAUUAAUGUUGCAGUGCUGGGAUGCUAGCCCCGAGAAGCGACCCACGUUCGAGUUCCUUAAUCACUAUUUCGAGUCAUUUAACGUCACUAGCGAAAUACCGUAUCUCGAACCGCCAACAGACUGAUACACAGCUCACAUGCAGAGUCAGUACCUGGUACCGCAUGGUCAUUUUCACCCAGCGCACAUCAACUGUGCCAUGGAAUUUUAUGGUAUUUAUUGCUAGAUCUCUGGCGAACAUCUGAAGAAGCUGUUACCGUGUUCCCUUUUUUUCUUGUUUUCUUUUUUCUUUCUUUGUUCACACAUCGCAGAAUUUCUGCGCGAAGAAAUAUAUUCCAGAGAGAAAAGAAGGAGAAGAAAGAGAAAAUUCAUACAGGAAGGAAACAAACGGAUAUUUUACAAAGAAACUAUGGUGGCGAGAAUUUUAUAAACGUUACCGAAUAUCUCAAAGCAAUCGUUAAAUGCUGCCAAAAUUGAAGAAGUGUACUUUUUUCAUUUCUUUCAUUUCAUCGUCAUCGAGUAAGCAUCUCAAGGACAAUGAUCUUGUGUGCCAUGGAACUUUAGAAAAAAAAAAGAAAAAAAAGAAACAAGUAUUGUAUUGUACUUUGAAAAGUAUUUACAAGACUUUGAAUCUUUGUGACCAAUCGUGAAUAACUGCCGAUUAAAAUAUCAAGUCAAACGUUACGACUGAAGAUUAAAAAAAAAAGAAGAGUAUAGAAAUAUCUCUGCCCGCUAACGUAUCCAGUAUCUAUUAUAGAAUUUAAACAGGAGAAUCGUUCAUCGUUCGAAACUAUUUAAUAGGAAUUUUCACAAUUUGGAGAGUAUAUUAAAAAUAACUGACGAAGGUAUCGAUUAUCUAAGAAAAGUGUUUAGAAAAUAGGAACGGAACCAGUUGAAAGCUAAAAAAAUGUAGAGUUUUAAAUGGUAGACGAUGUAACCGAUUAUAUUAGUCCGUCAACGUACAGAUUACAGUGCAGAAAGGGAAGCAUUCGCGCUGUACGUGUAAUUAGCGCGAUCACUUCUCAUUGAUCUCGAAACGAUCGUAACUGAUCUUUCCUAUGAUCCAAAUUCUUCUUUCUUUUUUUUUAAUACAACUCUUAAAAAUCUAGAUGCAUCGUUUAUGCGUCUAAUGAUCUUUUGAUAUGUAUUAGAACACGAUCACAUUCUACGACAAAAUAGGGGUAAACGAGAUUUCGUUUGAUUUCGAACGAUACGUCGAGUAGGACAAUAUUUUGUACAAGAGAUUAAUACGCUUUACACGUGAAAAAAGGAAGAAUACCUCUUGGGUAUAAUUUUUGUUCUAUGAACAGUGUAUUUUAACCCUUUCAACAGUCUACAAAAGGGUUCAAAAGCACGCCUUAAUUUUUUCUUUUCUAUACACGUCUUGUUAUUUUUUACUGUGAUUGCACUCUGUAAAGAAGGAAACAGAAAACUACCUGUUCGACGAUGCGUCGGUAAUAUAGUUACGUAAUUAAGCAAUCUCAUCGUUACGAUAAUCUUUUUCUUUUUUUAAUUUCACCGAAGUGAAAAAUAAUGAUUAAUAAGAGUUACUAGUAACGGCGAAUAAAACGUACGUUAUACGAUUGCAGGUCGCUAAAAAAAGCGACACGUCUUGGGGAUCUAUCGAAGAGAAAGGAAGUUAGAAAUAUUAAUUGAGGUAAAGAUUAAGUCAUCGAUGUUGCUCGUACAAAGUGUCUGAGAAAUUGUAAAUUUUCUACUAAACAUACAAAAACAAAAAAAACGACAAGUUAGGGUAGAUUCUAGGCAGUAGGUCGUGAGGGUAGGUAUUGUAAAGUGUCCUCGGGGUGUGAAACGACGAAACGCGAAUUUCUUUCCUUUUCGUAAAUUUUUCAUUGUACACAAGAAUAAAUACGGGGAUCAGAGGGUUUCGAUCCCGAGGAUCUAUCGUUGUCGUCGUCGUGGUCGUCCUCCACGGAACGUAUCGUUAGACGUUAAGUCCCUAGGUGUACACCGAACUAUGUCACGAUAAACACGAUGAGCCAUUAUGACACUUUAGAUAUUAAACGUUUAAGUCGAUAAGAAGGGAAAUAAAAAGUAACGAGAGACAGAGAAUAUAAAGAGCGUAAGUGAACGACAGAAUGGAAUUACGAGGAAUGAAUGAAACGAGAGAUUAUGCGUGAGUGUAGUGAAUUGUUACACACCUGUGUCUGUGGGGUAUCAUUUCAUUAUUCUAUUUUCUUUUUUU